AUGCCGAGGUCUUUUCUUGUGGAUUCGUUGAUUUUAAGGGAGGCCAACGAUAAGGGGAACGAGAACCACCCGCCCUUAUUCCCGUACGCCUUGCACUCGCCGCACCACCCUCACGGGCUGCCGGGCUCCUGCCACUCCAGGAAAGCCGGGCUGCUGUGCUUCUGCCCGCUGUGCAUGUCCGCGUCCCAGCUCCACCCGUCACCGCCGACACUGCCGCUUCUCAAGGCGUCCUUUUCUCCCUUCGGCUCACAGUACUGUCACUCGGCUCUGUCGAGGCAACACUCUUCCAACCUCAGCCACGGACCGGGGAUAUACCAAGCUGCUUACUCGGUCCCAGACCCGCGACAGUUCCACUGCAUCUCCAUCGAAAACAGCAACAGCAAACUUCAGAGCAGUAAGCGCAUGCGCACCGCCUUUACCAGCACACAACUUUUGGAGCUGGAGCGCGAGUUCACCUCCAACAUGUACCUCUCCAGACUGAGGCGCAUCGAGAUCGCCACAUAUCUGAACUUGUCCGAGAAACAGGUGAAAAUCUGGUUCCAGAACCGCAGAGUGAAGCACAAAAAGGAGGGCAAGAGCAGCGGCCAAAGGACUGGAUCACACAACUGCAAAUGCUCGUCCAUGUCAACCGCGAGGUGCUCGGAGGAAGAGGAGGAUGACAUUCCCAUAUCUCCCUCCUCGUCCGAAAAGGAGGACGUGGACCUCUCCGUUUCUCCGUGA